GUGCUAGGGUGCAAUGCCAACGGCCACCAUACAGCUUGGGGAAGCACCGAUAUCAACAACAGAGGAGAUUGGUAGAAUGGUAUUUGAGUUAUUUGCUGACGUAGUUCCGCUAACAAGCGAGAACUUUAGACAAUUUUGCGUAGGAGAGUACAAAAAGGGUUCUGUUCCUUUAGGUUAUAAGGGAGCAAGCUUUCAUAGAGUCAUUAAGGACUUUAUAAUACAGGGUGGAGACUUUGUUAAUGGGGACGGUACAGGUGUUAUGAGUAUAUAUGGAACAUCAACAUUCACAGAUGAAAAUUUCAAAAUGAAGCAUGAUUGUCCAGGUUUACUUUCUAUGGCCAAUAGCGGCAAAGACACUAACGGUUGUCAGUUUUUCAUUUCUUGUGCCAAGUGUAACUUUUUAGACAAGAAACAUGUUGUAUUUGGAAGAGUCAUUGAUGGUCUCUUAGUUAUGCGCAAAAUUGAAAAUGUUCCUACUGGACCUAAUAAUAAACCUAAGAUACCAAUAACUAUCACACAAUGUGGUCAAUUAUAAUUUUAUGUAAUUUUAUUUCUUCUUAAAUAAAGUUUGUA